AAUAGACUUUAGAUUGUGUCUUUAGUGUGGUUUAUAUUCUAUUCUUAUAAAUAAUAAAAGAAAAGUAUGGCGCCCGACGCAGGCUUUUCAAACAUAAGUGACAAGCACGAAUUCAUAAAGUUCGCAAAAUUCCUUGCGUACAAAGGAGUUCAAGUCAUCGUUGAAUCGAGAAAAGGAGUUAAAAUAGAACCUAAUACAAAAACAAGUACAUCAGACUCGGACUGGUUUAACCUACAGAUACCAGAUGCGCCGGAAGUCAUACAGGCUACUAAAGAAGCGUUACCGUCGCAUCUAAUUCUAGAAACAAUAAGAUCGCAACUUCACGUAGAAAUUUCUGUGAAAACUGAAGAUGGAGACGAUAUGGUUCUCGAAUUGUGGACGUUGGGACUGGAUGAUACACAGUUUGAUACUUCACUUAAAGCUAUGAAUACGGUAUACUUCCGAAUGGGAAUACUCCUCAAGUCCUUGAUAACCAUAACAAGAAUAACUCCUGCAUAUCAUUUAUCAAGGAAACAGCAAACUGAAUCUUUUACUAUAUUAUACAGAGUAUACAACGGGGAACCCCGACUUAAGUCACUCGGCGAUUCGGUUAGGAAACUAGAGGCCGGUUUGUUGAAAACCCCCUUGGGAGGACUUUGUUUUUCCGUGUCCUUUAGAACAAACUUUUCGAUAUCUCCUAAUCCAUCUGUAACUGACAAUUCUGCGCUUCUGGUCAAAAGCGACCACUUUGAACUGAGUCCCAAACAUGUGAUUCUUGAAUCUAAAAAGAAAAGGGAAAAAGAACCAAAGGACACGGAAAUUGAUUUAAAAAAACCUCUACGAUUAGCAGCGUUUGUGGAUGAGAAUGCUAUCAAGAGUGUUGUAAAAGAUUUUUUUGAGGAUAUACCGAUACCCGUCUACAGAGGUCGACCGAGACCAAAAACACCCGAAGAUACAGUGACAGAUUGCAAGAGUACCCAAGAUUUAGAUAGGAGUGACAUUCCAAAGAGCCCAACUACCUUGGAAUUACCACCGAAGAAAUUUUCUGGACUUCGAAAUGAAAAUGAACCGCCACUAAAAUUAUUGCACUUUCCAUUCGCCGAUGACCAUCCUAUUCGCGAUUUAGCUGAAUUUUAUAAGGAGUUAUUUAAUGCGCCUCAUUUAAAAUAUCCGAAUGCUAACCAAGAAAAAGACAUGACAAUAGAUUUUCAGGAGUCUGUUAUAACGAGCGAAGAACUUUCAAAAGAUCUAGCCGAACACGAAAGCUCGUUACAGGAGUUCGAUGAGUUGCUUGCCGAUAUGUGUAGGUCAGCGGAGUGGAGCGGAAAUUAGAAUUUAGUGGGGAUCAUUGGAAUGGUGCAGGAUUGGAAGACUGAAUGUUUCUGAUUAUCUUAAAUAUAUGUAUUUAUUUGUUCCGAUAGUUGUAUUUAAUUCACAACGUAAUCACUCAUAAUUCCAUAUCUUUCAUGAACUCAUUUAGGAAUUUUAGUACCUGACUGAAAUGAAAUUUAGGAUUUGCGAAACAAAUGAUUGAUGAAUUACAUAUUAUUGUCAUGCUGUUGUAUUAUUCAGAUAUCUAACUUCCUUUAUCUUAGUUUAUUGUCCAUAAUGUUGCAUAAUUCAAUAAAAUAAAUUGAUAAUUAAUUAGAUCUCAAUAUAUUAUAUUUUGCUCAUUUAAUUACCUAUUUGCAUAUCUGAUUUGUUAUUGUUACGAUUUUAUGAUAAUAUUAUUGAUAAUUGGUAUAUUUAUACAUAAAUAACAUAAAAAAUUCCUAAAGUGGGUAGUAAAAUGGGACCAGAGCCUUUGACAUUAAUACGUUGACUGGUUAAGCGAAAAUUCGGGUAUAGCCAAAUGUUAAACUAAAAUUUUAAUUGACUGGUAUUUACUAGAUGAGGUACUGAUUUAUUUACAAUAUGAAUUGAUAUAACAAAAUAUUUCUAUUGCUAGCUUUGGUCUCAAACUGAAUGACAGUCAUAAUAUUAUGAAUAAAACAGAUUCUCAAACUAGAAACAGUGGUAUAAAGAGUCUAUACAAAUUGAGAUAGGAAUAAAUAUAAAUGUAUAUUAGACAAAAAAAUUAUAAAUGUUGUUUGCCUUGAUAUUCAUAUUGAAAAGUUGUUUUAUUGAAUUAGAGACGAGAUAAAUAAUAAAAUUAAUGCAAUCUGUCAAAUUAUACAUGUUAUCUGAAAAUGGCAAUUUUCAUUCCAAGGAUUUGUCAAUUUCCAAGUGCCCCUGGACAGAUAGACAUUUAAGUUUUAUUAUGUUUACGUUACUGUGGAUUGUGGUCAGUAAGGUGGCCAGAGCUUCAGGGGGGAUUGGGGGUAGGGUUGGCAACGCACGCGAUGAUUCUGGUAUUGCAGGCGUAAAUUAUAAUCGGGUGAGCCGUACGCUUGUUUGCCAACCUAGUUGUAUAAAAGAAAUGUGUUUGAGGUUUACUUAAACUUUGACAAUAUGUUCCAAAUGUAAGUUAUAGGUUGAACUGCUCAACUUUAGAUAUAUCUUUGCAGUUAUGAGGAAAUGCCAGACUAUAGAUAGGUACUGACAUCAUAACUGUUUUUGACGUAUCUGGUGUAAAAAUGUCAAGUUCAGUUUAGCGGGGAUAAUAAAACAAACAACUAACCAUUACAAUCGUAAUUGUCUACCACUGAUCUUUCGUCCUGAUGCUUGUAUUUCCUUUUAAUCGUUUAAAAAUUGUAGUUCUCUGUUCAGUUUUUGACAGUUUAGGUUUAGUAACAAAGCAAGUGUGAAUGUCAUAUGAUGUCAGGAUGAUAUUCCGAUCUUAACUAUGUAAUUAAAAAUUCAAAUAUGAUUGUAGAAUUCCGUUAAAAUAGAAUAAUUCCCAUGAUGUAUUACAGUUCAAUAAUAUUAUUUAAAAGUCUCAAAAUGUAUCUGGUCAAAAUACCAUAUCAAGUUUCGGAAUUACAAUUCAAUUCCCUACUAUUUUAGACAUGAUUUAUUUUAUUAUCGUUUCAAACGUGUAUUAUACUAGAACAUUAAUUUAUUAAUGUAUUUUAUAAUUAUAAUGUUGCUUUGUAAAGGAAUUGUUGCAGGUUUUCAUUGCGAUACGUGUAGUGCUUUACUGUAUCUACUCUUUAAAAUAUAAUAAACUUUUAUCAAGUUAAA